AAACCACCACCUGGCCACUUAUCUUCUGGCUGCACUCCAUGGCCCUGCAACACUAGCAGCAUGGACCUGCAUAUAGACAAGAAGCCCAGACUCGAAGAAUGUAACCCGAUUACUGAAUAUGAGGAGGACGAGGAGUUGCUGCAAGACAUCAAGGCAGACAUUGACCUAGAGAUUGGUCUCAGACAACGCCUGCUCACAACUGUGGAAGCGCGAAUAGAAUGGGCAGAACUUCUUUGUCAGGCAUUAGAAAGCGACAACCUUCCUGACGACUUGGCAGCAACGAUAGACUUCAAGAGUGCUGCUCUCAAUGCAUUUUCUGCCAUUGAAGCGCCAAUAGAGGUCCUCUUUUCGCGCGACGUUCCUGCCCCUUCCCUCCAUACGCGGCCUGUCACUCGCAAGAAGCCCACUCUGCGCACCCAGCUGCCCAAGAAAUCCGUCAAAUUUCUGUAUACUUUCCUCGAUAAUAGUGCAGCACCCAGUAUUCUUCGUUGUCCACUAUGUUUCCGGACCGACUUCAACUCCCUUCAGGGACUGUUCAACCAUGCGCGGGGAACCCACGACCUCGGCUGGAGCUCGCAUGAAGAGUGUGUGCGACAUUGUGCUUGUACCCCAGAAGAACUCGAUGACCCCGGCGUCGACUUCACCAAUCUAGAGCUAGGGUCCGAGGUCAGCUUUGGCUCGGGCGGUAUGGGCUUGCGCGGCAUCUUCGAACUGGCUGUUGGUGGGGAUGCUCCACUGGAUUUCGAAGGAGAGACCGCCUUGAGCAGGACAUUGGGCUUACACUCCCAGACACCAGCCCUUGCCUCUUUUCUCGGGAAACAACCCAUCCGACGGGGUGUUACGGUCUGGGACCCAGAGGCCGAUGUUGAUAUUGAUGGAGCCGGCGACGAUACCAGGACCUCAUCUUCAAACCGUCGUUGGCGAAUGCCGUUUUCUCAUCGAAAUGUAUUCAAAGACAUGCCCGUCAUCUUAGACCCUCUUCCUGCACCGCCAGCAACAGAUUCAGCCACAACUGCUACUGCAGAAACUCGUUUUCACGUAACGACCCGGGUUGUCGUAGCUGAUCGUAGUCUCUGGAUUCCAACAGAAGCGCGAACCAUGACAGACACUCACAAAUGGAUGAUUUCAAUCGAUGCUCCUUCUUAUGCUCGCCAUAUUACGACCGUCCUUGAACGUUUGGUUGUGCAUGGUCCCACCGGUCAACUGUCUACCACCUCGCCUCCUUAUGUUAUAAUUGGAACUGCGCGCGAACCAUUCUUGGCCAAAAUCGAGCUCUAUGUUGGUGCCUCAGAGAACAAGCUUCCUCAACAAAUUAUGCUCGAGCAUUGGGUUGAGCUUGACGGCAUGCAAAGCCGGAGCGUCGCUUUUGGCGAGGAACAGAUGGUCGACCUUGACCUUCAUCGUACAACUGUCUUCCUCCCCCAAAGAACUGGAUAUAUUCCUGUGCAUUCUAGGGCUUUAUGGGACAUGGACAUUGACAGGGAUCGGCGGACGACUUUAGAAGCAGCCAGCGUCCUACCACCAGUUGAUCUAUCGAGCUCGAAGGACCCAAGAAAUCGGACUCGCAAUGUCACUCUCCCGAAAACCAAGAUGCUUGGCAGCUGGGAGAAUGCUCUACGUGCCUUGCUCGAACGAUUUCCACUGACCUUGCAAGAUGUGAAGGGAGGCAAGACACCAGUCCCAGCACUUCCGUACCGUCUUGUCACUACUCCGAAGAAGUUCUCCAGCUUAGUGUUGGGUCGAAGGAAAGCCAUCGAGUGGGGUCGCUCAGCAGCAAUGUGUGCCGCUUACAAUGAGGCCUUGAAAUCUGGACUCACCGAAGACACCACUGUGCUCACUACAGCCGAUGUUUUCUCCUGGCUGCACACUAAUGGUCAUUUCCCUCGCGGAGCUGCUGCUAUCAAACACGAGCAGACGAUGCAGAGCUACAAAGUCGCAUUCUGCUCUGUUUGCGGGCUGUCCUUCCGAGCUCAUUGUGUUGCGGUCGAGGGAACGCAGUCGCAGACGAUGGAGUCGUUCACAGAGGGUUCCGAAUGCAAAAUCAUUACAGCCGAGUGGCGGGUUGCGCGGAUGCCGAUGGUGGAUGCCCAUCGAAUACUUAAGCGACGGCCAGCCUCGACUUUACCAUCCGCGUCGCAAAGUCCAACCUCACCACAUUCGUCAGAACCCCCAGUUCUGCCUGUGCCCGCUCCUAGGAAUGCCAAUAAUGAAAACUGGGACUCUCGUUCUGCACGCCUUGCGUUGACUGCUGACCCGCAUCUGGUCAGAGCUAUUUGUCGGCAAACAGAACGACUUGGUCUUCGCACAUUUCCUUCCAUUCGACAAAUCUUUCAGGACUAUCCUCUCCCCGUGAAAAUGCGCACCGAUAUUGCCCCACACGCGAUGUUGGCCAUUACUCUGAAGCCAUUUAUCCGUGCCCUAAUCAAUACCGCCCUGGCUGUGUCCACUCAGGACAACACCCUCGCCCGCCAGUUGGCGCAGGUCGAACAACGAGGAAAGCGGAAUCUGUCCGCUCUAGAGCCGUUCGCGACGAAACGGAUGUUGAUGCCCUCGCAUGUGCUGAGAGGUGUCGUCGGGCGGAGCUGGGACUGGUCGGAUCAAUCCGGCAUGGCGAUUAUGGGCGUCGUUUCCCGGUUGGGAGUCCCGCUUGAACGGCCGCCAGGUUCAGCGCCGGCCGUGCCUCCAGUCGCUACGACACCGAUGCCGCGACAAUUGGUUAAGCCCCAACCAUCAAGGCUGGUGGUUGGCAACGGUCCCCGGCCUCCUGCGGGAAGCUAUAUCGUCUCGCCGUCUUACUUCAAGACAGAACCACCGCCACGACCGGCUAUUGGAACGGGUUGGAUACCGGCAGACGCCACUUUUCGGCCGUCGGUUCAGCCUAGACUCCCAGUUGGCAUGGCCGUUUCAGCUCGCUCGUCAGUAGAAAAAAACUUUGUACAAGUUAAAACAGAACAGGACUAG